AUGCGCGGCCCCGCUGCCUGGCCGCUGCGGCUGCUUGUGAGGCGUGGCCCGGCCGCCUGCGCGUGGACCCCGGCCGCCCGCGCCUCCUGGGCCCGGGUGCCGCCGACCGGCCUGGGGCCGCCGCGGCCUUGGGCCCCGGGGCUGGGGCUUCUCGGGGGUGCGGGAGCCGCACGAAGCCCGCGCCGCUGGACGAGCGGCUGCUUGGGCGGGGGUCCCGGCGGCCCCGGCGGCGGAGCGGGCCUCGCGCGGCUCCUGGGGCUGUGGGCGCGGCGCCCCGGCGCCUGCAGCUGCGAGGCCCUCCGGCUCGGCUCCCGCCGGCUCCCGCGCGCUGGGCUCCCCGGCGGCCCCGCCGUCGCCGCCCGGGCGGGGGGCGAGGCCUCGCGGCGGGGGCCAGCGUUGCCUGCGGCCGCGGCGGCUCCGAAAGACGACUCUCGGCUGCGCCCCACGGCGGCCGGGCGCUCGGAGGCCCGGAAGCUCCUGGGGCUGGCGUACCCCGAGCGCCGGAGGCUGGCAGCUGCAGUUGGGUUCCUGGCCGUGUCCAGUGUCAUCACCAUGUCUGCUCCCUUCUUCCUGGGGAGGAUAAUCGACAUCAUUUACACGAACCCCACUGGGGAUUACAGCGGCAGCCUGACGCGCCUCUGCCUGGCUCUCGGCAGCGUGUUCCUGUGUGGUGCAGCUGCCAACGCCGUCCGCGUCUACCUCAUGCAGACUUCAGGUCAGCGCAUCGUGAACGGGCUGAGAGCGUCGUUAUUCUCCUCCAUCCUGAGGCAGGAGGUUGCUUUCUUUGACAAGACCCGCACCGGAGAGCUGAUUAACCGUCUCUCCUCCGACACGGCCCUCCUGGGGCGCUCCGUGACUGAAAACCUCUCGGACGGGCUCAGGGCCGGGGCCCAGGCUUCCGUCGGCAUUGGCAUGAUGUUUUUUGUCUCACCUCAUCUGGCCACUUUUGUUUUGAGUGUGGUGCCUCCAAUAUCCAUCCUUGCUGUGAUUUACGGACGAUACCUGCGGAAACUGACCAAAGUGACCCAGGACUCGCUGGCACAAGCCACUCAGCUAGCUGAGGAACGUAUUGGAAAUAUAAGAACUGUUCGAGCUUUUGGGAAAGAAAUGAGCGAAAUAGAGAAAUACACCAACCAAGUGGACUGUGUGAUGCGGCUGGUGAGGAAGGAGGCGCUCGCUCGGGCCGGCUUCUUCGGAGCGACGGGGCUGUCCGGGAACCUGAUUGUGCUUUCCGUGCUGUACCAAGGCGGGUUGCUGAUGGGCAGUGCCCACAUGACAGUGGGGGAACUCUCUUCCUUCCUAAUGUAUGCUUUCUGGGUUGGAUUGAGCAUUGCAGGUCUGAGCUCUUUCUACUCGGAGCUGAUGAAAGGACUGGGUGCUGGGGGACGCCUCUGGGAGCUCCUUGAGAGAAAGCCUGAACUUCCUUUUAAUGAGGGGCUCAUCUUAAACGAGAAGAGCUUCCAGGGCACUUUGCAGUUCCAGAAUGUGCAUUUCGCCUACCCAACUCGCCCAGAGGUACCCAUAUUCCGGGACUUCAGCCUGUCCAUCCCGUCAGGGUCGGUCACCGCGCUGGUUGGCCCCAGUGGCUCUGGCAAGUCCACAGUGGUGUCCCUGCUGCUGAGGCUGUACGACCCCAUUUCUGGAACUAUCAGUCUCGAUGGCCAGGACAUCCGCCACCUGAAUCCAGUCUGGCUGAGAUCCAAGAUUGGGACAGUGAGCCAGGAACCAGUUCUGUUUUCCUGCUCCAUUGCGGAGAACAUUGCUUACGGUGCAGACGACCCCUCCUCGGUGACUGCCGCGCAGAUAGAGCAGGUGGCCGACGUGGCCAACGCAGCCGCCUUCAUCCGCAGUUUCCCGCAGGGGUUCAACACCGUGGUCGGAGAGAAGGGCGUCCUCCUCUCAGGUGGGCAGAAACAGCGGAUCGCAAUUGCCCGUGCUCUGCUUAAGAAUCCCAAAAUUCUUCUCCUCGAUGAAGCAACCAGUGCGCUGGAUGCCGAGAAUGAGCACCUCGUGCAGGAAGCACUGGACCGGCUCGCGGAAGGCAGGACUGUGCUGGUCAUCGCCCAUCGCCUGUCCACCGUGAAGAACGCCAAUCUGGUGGCUGUUGUCGACCAGGGCAGAAUUAUCGAAUGUGGGGAACACAAAGAACUGCUUUCAAAACCAGAUGGGGUGUACAGAAAACUGAUGAGCAAGCAGUCUGGUUUCAGCAUGAAGGAGCCACUACUGGUAAGCUGAACAUGAGAGGCUCGAAAGCAAAGCCGCACUGCGGGGACAAAGAGAAACUUCGAGAUGGUGUGGAAUCUGUAAGUCAUCCUUCAAGUUACUUGAAAUAUGAGUUGUUCCCAAAGUGUAUAAAAUGUUCUUUUGAGAUGUACCUGUUCUCAAGACAUUUUUAUUCAGAGUUUUAAAAAUUGUAACUUUCUAAAUGUCUAUAGCACUGAAGUUAUUUUCAGGUUUUGUACUUCUAUCUUGGAACAUUUUAAUUAAUAUAGCAUGGCACCUCUUUUUUUUUUUUUUAACCUGCUGUUACAGAUUGAAACUAUUGUCAAAUGACAACUUUUAAAAGGGAAUUAUAAAUAAAAAGCCUAAUUAUUUUAGGCCAGAUUGCCAAUCAAUGUGUAAUUCUUUGGUAGCCUGAUAGAAGAUGAAAAUCUAACCCUUUAUUUUAUCCUGAUAAUGUCAUGAAGCAAUCCUGACUACUAUACAUACAGAAAUAUUAAUAGUUAAUGUCUCACUAGGAGACAUUUGUAUUCUCCCAUCUCCUGUGUCUUCAAAGAUGUGACAGUUUAGGAGUGUGUGUCCCUCUGGGAUGAGACUGCUUGGAUGUGUGUGGUUUUCAACAUUUUCGGCACAUGAGAGGCUGAUGAGUUUUAAAAACAGAAGCCCUAUCCUUGUUCUAGGAAAACUUCUAUUUUCAUUAUUCACACAUUUCUUUCUAUAAGUACUAUGGGAAGCAAGGCUUGGACUGUCAGGCAUUAUCGAGAAAGGUGUGAAAAUGAAUUUUACAUUAUGUCUGAAGGCAUGUAUUUUGAAAAUUAUAUUUAUAAAAAUUAUAAACUCCAAUCCAAAUUUUAUGGCUUUUUAUCAGUUAUUUAAAUACUUUCGAAAUUUCUUUCACUGAGGCUAAAAUCCAACUAAUAUAAUUAAUUUUCAACCUUAAAACAUUUGAAGAAAGUUUAGAAGUUCUUGCUGUUCUGUAGCAUAUCAAGAAAACUUAAGGACUUGUCAGUCUUCUGUAAAGAGGACAAUAACACUUGUUCUUUUAUUUAUGAUGAUAGUUUUAUUUACCUAAAUGUCUGAAAAUUCCUAAAGCAAUACUGACAGCCAUUGGAUUUGGCAUAUUUCAUAUCAGUGCUGUUAAUUUCCUGUUGCCUCACGAAAAAGUGCUUUUUCUGCAUUGGUGAUGCCAGACCUAAGAAGUGGCUAUGUGGAUAUAAUUAAAAUGGAGGUUUUCUCCUAAAUGAAGUACUCAUUAAUCCCUGUUAUACUGGAAGAAGAGACUACCAGUUCACGAUAAACAGGGAGUGCUCUAUUGAAGUCUACAUCAGGGAAUUUAUUAAUGAAUAAAAUGGAUUCAAUGCAUAAAUGAACGAAAUGUUCCUUGAUUUAGUAAACAGUACAUCUGUGACGAUCAUUUUAGCAAACUUUACUUGUAUUCUUUAAACAUACUGCUCUUAUGCUGUGGUUCUCAGAAAGCAAACAAAACACAAUUACUAGGUUGGAUCUGAGGGUAAUCUCUGUGUGCCAUAGAAAUAGUUACAAAAUUGAAUUUGAUUAUUAUAUUUUAUUGUCUAAUACAAGAUGUUCAAUUGUGUCUUUAGGUAACAUUUAUAUCAUGGAUUAAAAUUUUUAGUGAACUUUA